CGUAGUUCUUAUUUCACGCCGAAGAUCGGACGAUAUCUGUGGUACUUUAAACUCACAAUUAAGUAACCUAUAACCAAAUGUAGCAAAAACUUAUGCGUUUGACGCCACUAUUCGUCGCUUCGCUCGGAAUUCAGUUUCAUGAGGUCCGCCGUCCAUGAUAUACGCGGAGAAAACUAUUAUGAAUUAGCUCCUAGUAAUAGACUCGGUGGCGAAGCCUGGCCAGGAGGCCUUAUGCGGCCUGCUUUGUGGACAGAUCCACACGCAAAGUAUAGAAGGCCAUCGGUUACAAUCAUCAUCCAAAGUGAUAUUAUUCUUCCAUCGCAACAACUCCCUCCCAUCCUCCUAAUGCAUUUGAUCCGUUACCACGGCACAUGCAUUCUGAUACCUGAUGAAAUGACCAGUCCCGACCUAAAAAUAUCUAAUGAGGCACAAGACAGACUUCAUGUUUUCCAUAUGACAUCACUCUGUCGUUAAGGCCUCGUCGAGUCCAAGGCCUUGCAACCUGUCAUUAGGUCACCUCCAUUCCAUCAUCCUAUCAAGAAGGAGCUGCAGUCUCAAAAUGAGAACGAAACUCAUCAAAGAAAGUCAGAUUGUAGGAUCCGGACGUCAGUUUUGUCGAAGGUUGUCUUAUUAAGGUGUUGAGAUUGCCUUGUGUUCCAGUCUGGUCCUCACAGGUCGACUAGCAGUAACGCAGCGCCCUGAUUCGUUUCUAACAUCGACACGUUUCGCUCGACUCAACGACAGUGGCAACUAAUUUCGGUGGCAUGCUAUUGGUACGCUACCGAACUUCAAAAUUCGCGCCACAGCCGUCCGCCGUGUGUCGGGCGAGCAGAAGACCGCCCGGGUGGCCCAAGGACGUCACAGCAGAAAUCAUCAUACGAUGACCAGAACAAACGUUCGUAUGUUUGGGAUUAAGUGCGAGUGCGUACCUGUGAUUUACAUUUGCCUUGGAAAAGUGGCACAUUUGUACCUGUGAAACAAACGCAUUGCUCGAAAGUCGUCUUCGAGUUCACACCCUCUGUAGUUAGUAGUGUUCAGGCUCGCGUUUACAAUUGGUGAUCGUAGUUCGUAUAAUGAUGUGCUAUUAGUAUACGAUAAUCCAGUGAAGCUGUCUUGUUUUCUCGAUAUGUUUAUUACUCACUGUAUAGUAGCUGUUCGACCCGGGCCGGUAAGGCCGAUAAGAUGUGAUACGCUGGGAUACAGCUGCUUUGCCAGCCACUCUGCUAGGAGUGUGGCACACAUUAAUCACCGUACCGUCGACAGAAACAGUUCUACACUGGUCUACCUACUGACUGACUAUCGUCAUGUGCAGAGGCGGUUACGCCAUGCUGUUGUUUCGUUAGUUCUGAUCCUGGUUUAGUCGUCAGUUUGUAGGACCUCAUCCGAUGUUUUGAGCAUGGCCUCUGGUAGCCAAGCAGGCAAGCGCAAUGUCUUGCGUGCGUGACCUCCUCGAGGUGUGGCCUGCUCGGGUUGUAAAUAAGACAAUUAAUCAUGGAUAUGAUGAUGAUGACCAUGAUGAUGAUGACAAUAAUACCAAUGACACAUGUGGAUUGUAGUAAGGACCAAGGCAAGAAGGAACGGGUCGAAACUCCGCGGGAUCUGUAAGUCAGAAAAAGCACGCGCUGGUUUCGCUCGCUGACUCACCUGGCAGUGCCAGCUCGAACGCGUUUGGUAGUCUUCGUCGAUCUGAAACGCUGUUGCUGUUCGUAGCAGGCACACGUCUGCGCUCGAUCUGUGAAUGCCACAACUCCAAUUCGUUACGAACUCGGUUCAAUACGACAAUCGGCUACGACCAGAUCAAGCCAAAGGAUAUCGGAUUAUCGGGGCUUUCAGCGUUUUGUGCCAGUACCAAGCCUCUAUUGGGUCGCGCCUCGUUGCCGAGUAUAUAAAAAGUAGUCCCAACCAGGAUUAGGAGAAGUUUACGGAAGCAAUGGCAGAUACAACGUGUUCGAUCAAGUUUGGGCCUGAGUGGCUGCGUGUACUAAGUGACGCCGGCGGAACUGGGGGCGGGAAUAGCCUCCAGCCGCAGUCAGCUGGCGGCUCUGGUGGAUCCCAGAGUUCGGGUUCUCUUAACUCGCUGAACUCUAUCUCUGGUCAUCAUGGUCCACCUCGAAAGUAUCCGCUCGCACGAUAUCGGUACGGCAAAGAGGAAAUGAUCGCUAUUUACGAGCAGUCAUUGUAUGGCGACUAUUCGCCACCGCCUACAAUGCCUCCUGGAAAUAAUAAGCCUAAUUUCGAAGGCGUCUGGGUGGAUCGCGGCCAGACACCGCGUUCAUUAACGGCAAUGUCUGAUGAGGAGCAACGUUUGUGGGCAUUUCACCGUUUACCCCAUUCUACGACUCGGGGCAGGGGUCGAGGCUUCGGCUCUGUCGGCGGCGGUGCCGGAAGCUCGUCAUCGACGACCGGCGGUUGGACGUUGUCGGGUCAGGGUAGUAGCGGACAUGGGCAGCAAUCCAUAACGCGAAACUGGCGCUCGACAAGUAGCACGAGCCAGCAAUAUGCAUCCGAUCGCGGGGGGCCGAUGCGGGAUCGAAGUGGUUCCGGUGCGACGCAGGGAAGUCAAAGUGUCUACAACAGCGGGGGCAGUAGUAGUGGAAGCAAUAGCAGCGGGCCCUGGCGGAGGAACUCGCAAGCGUCCCAACAACAACAACAGCAGCAGCAGCAGCAUCCGCAACCAUCGCAACAACAACAAUUGCAUCACAGUCCACCUCAACAGUACCAACAGCCGGUGAAUAACAAAGACCCACAUCAAAUAAGUGAAGGCGGCAGCCAUAGUAACAACACAGGAAGCGGCGACAGCUUAAAUACUAGUAACGGAAACAAUUCAAAUAGUCACAAAAGUAACAGCGGCAAUGCUAACAGCUGCAGCACCAGCAAGAACAAAAACAACAGCAGCAAUAAUGACAGCGAUGAUAGUAAGGUUCCGGAAUGGGCGGACGAUACUUUAGCAGGUUCAGAUAGUGUUGACGCAACAGACCAAGUAGGGUCAUUUGAUGAACGAGGUGGUUUCCUUGGUGGACCUCAAUCGCAUGUUAAUAGCGGAUCGCCGUUACUCAAUUCAGUUUCGUCCGGCUCCGUCAGGAGUAUUCAUCAUCCCAGUAUAAGUCCAAACGCGAGUCGUCAGGGGCCACAACAACUUCAACGUUCAUUGUCUAACGUCGAGGUUAGAGGCUCGCGUACAUUCAGUAGGGAAUUGUCAGCAGUGGGUGGUUAUUCGUCGAAGGUAGAGUCAUUUUCACGUGAGUCCACUGUUCCUGCUGUUAUAAGGGUCCCUUCAGAUAGAGGACUUGAUGCGAAUACCCCGGUAACAAGUUCAUCAGGCUCGAGCCACGCGUCGCCCCCUCAGCCACAAGCCAUCGACGACAAUAGCCAGCCUACUCUAGCUGCUUCAAUGGUCGCCAGUAGUCACUGCAGUGAUAGGGACAGUUCCAUUUUCCCCGAUGCUACUGCAGGUACGCCAACGACUGCCCACUGGCAUUCCCACUGUCCACAAAUCAUGCCUCAACCUCAACAACAAACCCCCCCUCGAGUCGACCCCGUAGUUCAAUUGUCUCCAUCUGUAAUUGGCAACGUUGGUCAGUCUAAUGGCAUAUGCGAUUGUAACGGACAACCUUCACCUGCAGGAUGCCCAGUAAGCUGUGCUGACACUAUGCUGUGUAGUACUACUUCUGUAAACCCAGCUGCAAACGAUAUGUGGUACUACAAAGAUCCACAGGGUGUUAUUCAAGGGCCGUUCACAAGUGUUGAUAUGGUUGACUGGUGUAGACAGGGCUAUUUCCACGACGGGCUCGAAUGCAGGCGAGCCUGUGACAGUAUUUUCAGCCCGCUUGGUUUAAUGAAAAAGGCAUGGAAUGGGCAUAUUCCGUUUAUGGCGUCAACAUUUCUGCCGCCUAUAACCAGCCCAUUGUUUGGGCCUCCCAUUCCGACUUCGGUUCAUAAUAACCAACAGCACAUGCACAGUGUAUUCGGAGGAACUAACACGCCGAUGGGUGGAAGUGUUGGCGGUAACACUAUAGGUGCUUUUUUUUCCGGGGUUCCAAAUGCCACCCACGUGCUAUUGUCCCCGCACGCACACGGGGGUCAUAUGGGAGCCGCUCUUUCGCCUAGAAGCGUUGGACUCAACACCCUUGACCAACAACAAAUCGUUACCCCAAAUGGAAUCAUGACACAACAGCAACAGCUGCCUCAUUCCGAGGCACAACUUCAUCAUCAGGGUACUUCACAGCUGCAGCAACUGUUUGGAUCGGUGCGAAGUUCCGAUGUUGUCAGUCUCAACGAGCGGCACGCAAAUAUGCUAACGGCUUCCGUAACUACUGCAGCAUCUGGUUUGCCAAGUGGCAUGCCACCUCAGCUUAGUACUCACAGCCAGAGUCAAACGGGAUGUGACCGACUUCUACCAGUUGGAAACGUAGGCGGUGUUGUGUCCGCUGGCAGCCAUUCCUCUUCGCUGAUGUCUUCACCCACGAGAAAUGUUUCGAGUGGAAAGAUGGUGUUGUCACCUGUGACAGACGCGAUCCAACGAAACAUUCACGACCCGCACAAAUCUAAUAAUAAUUGUCAUGAGGAAUUGAUAACAACUCCUGCGGGAAACGCGCUACUGGGGAGCGGCGAUGAUGUUUGUGAUCCUGCAGCGAUUAGUGGCCACGUAUUACAUUCAGCCGUAGGCGAUAACAACAAUGGGAUUAGUCUGAAUAGCUCAUCGUUGGCGAAAGACUUGUUAUUAUCGAGUUCUGGUUCAGUAACUACGUCAGCGUGGUAUUCAUCAGAUAGUCAUUCUCAGGUCGCGCCAGCUCAACAGCGUUCAUCACUUUUAAACGCUAUCAACGAAAAUCUACAAAUUACACGGCUACAGGCCGCAAGUGACGUGGUACGACAACACGUUCAAGAGAAAAACGAACGGAAUAUGGCCAGUGAUCAUUCACCAUUAUCAGUUAGCCGCCAAUCACUGCCAUCAGGUGAGCAACUUCAGCAAUCGGCAGCGACACCCCUACUGAACGACACGAAAAAGAACGUCAGCGGCGUUUCUAAUUUGACGGUUACCACCGGAGGGGGUGCAGGCAGCAAUGCGACGACAGCCGGUAAUAAGAGAAAGAAGGAGCGGCGGGACAAAAAAGCGACGGUUCCUGUUGCCGCUACGGCCAUAAACGACAGAGAGAAAGCAGGUAACACACAAACAGUAUCGACGAGCAGUAACAACAAAAACACCAGGAAUCGAACUGGAGGUGAUGAUGGUACUCAACGAGGCACUGUGGCCAGCAAGGAAAGCAAAAAGCAGCAGCAACAACAACAGCUCAAAGAUCAGCAAGAUUCUCCAUUGUUAGAUUGGAAUGAUGAUUAUCGGGGUGGGGAUCACGAGCGGGAAUCUGAAUUGAUAGUACCCGCGCCAGCGCCUGCAGUGCCUGCCUGGGGCGCUCGGGCCGAAUGGGCAGCCGAUAGGUGUGCUCCAACGCCAAGUUUAGGCGAGAUUCAACGCGCCGAGGAAGAACGAGCACAACAUGAACGCGCGCAGCGUCAACGAGAGGCUGCUCGAAGCGGUUGCACAACAGUUGGUGCCCGGACCUGGGCCAGUGCUAUAGCCCCGACGAAGUCGUUCGAACAGAUUCAAAAAGAAGAGGCUUCGCGAGUGAUACCCAAUCAUGUUUCGGCAAUAAAAUCGCCCCAGUCAAGCAGGACAACGCAGUCGACGCUCAUAUCAACUGCCGUAGCAAACGGUCUCGUAUCAUCCCACCAGGCCAGCAAAGUUGCAAUAUGUUUUCAACAGCAACAAACUCCACUUAAAUCGAAUUCCGCGUCACCAGUGGCGCCUGUGCCUAGAACUUCCCCGCAAACUGCAAUUAAGUCACCGCCAGUUUCUGAGGUCGCAUCAAAUGAACAACAACUGAUCGAUUGGUGUACCCAAAUAACUAUGGGCACUAACUCGAAAACGUAUCUAGACAUACCAACAGUGGUAUCAAUCCUCAAGGAUGUCGAAUCCGAAGCCGAGAUUGAGGACUACGUAUCGCAGUUCUUUGGCAAUAGCUUAAAGGAACCGCGCCAGUUCGCGCGACAGUUUGUGCAGAAACGAGCGCGUCUUGGUGUUGGCGCCGCAUCUACGCAGCCUCGACAGCCAGGAUGGUGUACGAACAGUAAGAAGAACCGAAACAGCAACGGUGCCCACAACACCAACAACAAUAACAAGACAAACAUCAAGAAAGUCUGAUGAAGCACACAAGGGGGACAGGAUGGUGUAGCGGGAGAAAUGUAUAAUAAGAAGACAACGGCACUAACAAUCAGUGUGAUACAUUCUCUCUCUCUGUCUCUGUAUUUGUCCGUGAUUUUUGAAAAACUACGUGAUUUUUGCAUUGAGAUUGAUUUUGUGCUGCAAUCGUUUGGGAUAUGCUCCCUUUCCUUAUAGGCGUCAGAUGUAGUACAGGGCGGACUAGGCAAGGUUAGGCUAUUUCAUGGAGUGUAACCGGCCGAUAACCACCUGUUCAGCACACAGACGCCCUAUCUUUCUCGUUCCAUCUUCGAUGACACUGACCCUUUUUCUAUUCUCACUUUAAUAUCAAGAAAAGCUUUUCACCCUCCGCUCGAAGUCGCCGUACAACAGCGUCAGGCCGCUAGACGAAAGUCCGGGAUGCAAUCUCAGAAAAUAAAAAACAUUAUUAACAGGAAUACACGGUCAGAUCCUGAUACUGACAGUCAUGACGAAAGGAGUAGCACGUAGGAACGACGAUUACUACAUAUUUAUUUAUACUGUAAAUAUUAUUAUUAUUAAGCCCAUAUAACUACUUCAAGAAAUGGCAAGCAUGGAUGGCAAAAGCUAGGGGUUGACGAAGGGGGUAAGUUAUAGUGCAUAUAUAUAUAUAUAUAUAUAUAUAUAUAUAUAUAUAUAUAUAUAUAUAUAUAUAUUUCCGGUUUCCGGUGAACACAACAAAUAGAGGAGUCUGUUAGUCUACAGCAUCUGAGAUGACCCAUCCUUGCUUUUCCGUCUGGAAAAACGCGUUAUUUAUCGUUCUGUUAAUUACUAGCCAUUAGUGGUGAGGCGACCCGCUACUAUUUUUGCUAUUAUCUAAACUGAAAUAUUGCUAUGCGUUUCUUCUCCAAAUGCUAUACCCACUGCGCACUUUCGGGCCCACUUCAAAAAAGAUUGAAAGGCUGAGGUACAACGAAAUGCGAGGCGUGUAUGCAGAGUGUUAGAACGCGGAUGAAACUGAGUAAAUGUAAAUGGUAAACGAUGUUGACAUAAGAAAGUGCCUUGGAGUCCCAUGGUAUAAGGCCGAAGACAAAUUCUCGGUUUGAAGCAAGUAGCGGAGAUAGCUGAUAGCUAAAAUUGAUCAGAUAUAGGUGAUAGUAAACGAAAAUACCAAAGGUGCGCUGCUAGUAAUUCUAAGGGCAUUUAGUACGAUUUUUACUGAGAUAAUAAUGAUGAAUUAUUAACGGCGCUGUUGUUUUAUUCGGCUGUGACUGCGUCAUCAGACCUUUUCUAGCGCAUAAGCUUGAGCUUACCGUCGCAUAUGUAAUAUUUGUCACCCUAUAAUACGACCGUUUAUUAAAGAGUAUAAAGGAACACCUGCGAAUGAUUACCAUCAAAGAAGAAAAAUGUACAGCGCCAUUGCGUCCCACUAUAUUUUAACACUAGACGAAAGACACAACCUGGCCAACGACAAUUAAGCUUCUAAGAUCGCUAUAGAAGAUGUGUCAUUGUAAUAAUACGCAGUGAAAUUUAGCAACGAUGUGAAAUGGAAAAAAUACCAAACGCUUAAGUCUAAUAAGUAAAU